AUGUCAAUAAAUCCAAAUAGGUACCGGUCUUUGGCAAAGACUUUUGAGGCAGCGACUGGGUUGACACAUAGCAUGAAACAACUGAAAAAUAAGUACAACCAACUAAAGGCAGAGUGGCGUGCAUGGUCGAAACUAAUGGAUAGCCGCAAAGGCCCCACUGGAAUUGGGUUCGACCAAGAGACUGGCUUCAUCAAUGCGUCGGAUGAAUGGUGGGCUACAAUGGAGAAGGUUGACAAAGAGUGUUGCAAGUUUAGAACAAAGAGGUUGGAUCACGAGGAAUUAAUGCGUCGUGUUUUCACGGGGGCUGCAGCAACGGGAAAAAAUGCUUGGACGCCUGGUGAGAUGCGGAACCAACUGGAGGUGGAAGGGGAGUCCGAUAGUGCAGACUUCUCUACGAACAGCAACGAAUUGGGUGCCUCUGAAACUGCAAACAUGAUGAAAUCUGCAAACAUUACCACAUCCGGUAGUGGUAGCAAAAGGAGGCACUCAUCUGUCACAGCCGUGCAGAAGAAACGAAUCACCGGGGCAGAAGCAUUGGCAACAAGCAUGGAUGAUUUGGUGAAUUCGGUGAAGACACAAAGUAAGGAACUCACUGUUAACCAUGUUGUCGGUGGACAAAGUGUCGCUAUGGCCGAAGCUAUCCGACAUCUUUAUGAAAUUCAAGGACUUGAACAAACUAAUCCACUGCUCCAUUUCGGUAUUUCCCUUAUGGAGGUGCCCAAUAAUAAGGAGAUGGUUAUGAGUAUUCCUUCCAAUGAAGGCAUCAUCGGCUGGCUCCAGGUAAAGCAACAAGACAAAGAGAGGAUGACAGCAGCUCCAACUCUUGCAAGCAUAUUGCGCAAUCAAGGACUUCGUUUCUAA